AGGCACGGCGUCUUGAAACCGUCUCGGCACAAGCUUCUGCAUCCUGCUCCUCAUUCUCCCCUCCGCAGAAAGACCAGUCAAAGGAAGCGUCUGAAUGCGCUGUACGCCAUGGCUCCACGAAAUAAUGGGCAGUCUACAGCUGCUGAGCUGUCGAUUGUUCAUCUAAAGAACUCGCUUGUCAACCUCCCCGCCACGCUCGUCUCGCUUCUCGUCAACGUCAAUACCCCUGCACAAAAUGUCAUUGUCGAAUUGAGCUACAAGGCGCCAGCCUCGGCUGUCCAGACAUCGUCACAGCAGCACUCUGUCUUUGUCGGCUGGACCGGUAUGCCAAGCAAGAGACGUGCCAAUGCGCCAAUGGGCCGAGACUCUUCUAAUCGCAUGUCUUCCCGUGAUCAGGAGCUUCAAUUAGUAGAGAUUGACGCCACUCUCGCCUCAACACUCGGUCUCCAUGAUGGCCAAAAGGUUAUGGCGACAGUCCACGUCGAUCCACCAAUCGCCCACACAAUUAACAUUGAACCUCUCACACCCGAGGAUUGGGAGAUUAUUGAGCUUCAUGCAACCUUCUUGGAGCUCAACUUACAGUCGCAGAUCCGAGCGCUGCCGAAUCCAGCAUACACGGGAGGUGGCGACAAGCCUGUGCCUACUCAUCCGUUGACGCUGCACCUUUCGCCUACAUCGACGGCAAACAUCCGAGUUGUUUCACUCGACCCUACUCCAGCAACCGACAUCGCAUUCGCUAAACUGUCGCCCAAUGCUGAAGUCAUUGUGGCACCAAAGACACGAACCAAAACGGCGCAAGGUGGUAGCGAUCACCGAAGUGUGGCCAGCACAUCCAAAUCGAAGCGUAGUACUAAUAGCACAGCCAAGAGGCGACCCCGGGACGAGCCGAAACCUACACUUUUCCUCAGGGCUGUCAAUCGAGAAUCCUGUAUUGAGUGGUUUGACCAAGAAUCAUCUGCUCAAGACUUGGCUGUCUGGGUUGACCGCGACCGCUUGCUCUCAAAUGAGUUCAGAGGUGUCAAUUUUGUUGUCGUCGAUGUAAUCAAACCUGCGGGACUCCAGAAGCCACAGGCUGAAGAUGGUGCUGCCCCUGCACCAACAAUCGCGACCUCCAAGGUUGUUGCUCGCCUGCUUCCAUGGGAUGAUCCCCCCAAUGGCCAAACUGCUGCGUUAUCCGCGGCUCUCUGCGCCGCGCUUGGAUGCGUCGAUAUAGUAGGAGGUGUUGUGAAGCUCCAAGCAGCUAGUGUCACUCAACAGGUAUCACGCAGCCAGGUUUCUCACAUCAAAGUCUUCCCCUUUGCAGCCAGCAGCAAGCCUAACGAGGGCCUCCGAUUUGGAAGUGAAACGAAAGCUGAGAAGGAGGAAUCAGCAAAGCGCUUCAAACACAUAUAUGCUGGCACGAAGGAGGCACCGGGCCUUCUGCAGGGUCCCCUUACUGACGGAAUUGUGGUUGGCGUGUUUGACGGACUCGAUGCUCCUCAGGGCUGGGAAGGUGGUAUUGUUAAGUUUGAGUACAAUGCAGACUUCAAAUCCUCCGAACAAAGCAAAGAAACUACUCUGUGGUUACCCUCUGCCGACUCCAAGAUCCCUAUCGAAUUUCAGCCUCCUAUGCCCAGACCAUCCUGGAUCGCAGACACCGAUAUUUUCGACCUGUUGCCUACGAACGACGCCCUAUUGGUUGGCAUCGACAAGAUUCUCGAAACCGUGCAGUCUAAUCUAUCCCACCUUUCAAACGUUCUCCUUACGGGAACAAUGGGUUCUGGAAAGACUUCAGUCGCGAAGCAUCUAGCACAGAAGCUCCGUUCAGAAAACCUUUUCCAUACCAUCUACUUUUCCUGCCGAAAGUUGGUCAACGAUGAGACUCGAGUAUCAACAAUCAAAGAAACCCUGGACCGCAUAUUUAUGUCUGCAAGCUGGGGUGCCAGACUAGGUGGGCGAGCACUGGUCAUCUUGGAUGAUCUCGACAAGCUCUGCCCAGUGGAAACCGAACUUCAGGUUGGCAAUGACAACGGCCGCAGUCGCCAAGUUAGCGAGGCUAUCCGUUCCAUUGUCAGACAGCAUUGCUCCAAUAACAGCGGUAUCGUCUUGCUAGGAACUGCAGAAGGCAAGGAAUCAGUCAACAACGUUGUCGUCAGCGGCCACGUGGCUAGGGAAAUUGUUGAACUAAAAGCACCUGAUAAGGAAGCUCGACGAAAGGUGAUGGAAUCAAUUGCACAUGUUGACGCUGUUGCCGACAAAGAUGACGACGCUUCAGAAAGCCUUAGCCGUCCGCGAACUGCGGAUGGUAGCGCUGCAGACGAGGAUGGCGACUGGCUACACGGCGCUGCCGGAGCUGAAGAACAAGAUCAAUCAAACAACAAGUCAGUCGGCUUUGUGCUUGACCGCGACUUAGACUUCCUCGACCUUGCUGGCCAGACGGACGGCUACAUGCCUGGCGACUUGACAGUUCUGAUUUCCCGUGCUAGGAACGAGGCAAUUAUCCGUUCCAUCUCCGAGUCUCCCUCUGACAAUAAGAUCCGCACCGUUCAUCUUUGUCGCGCAGACUUUGAUGCUGCGCUCAAGGGCUUCACGCCAGCCUCGCUACGCAACGUCUCGCUUCAGAGCUCCACGACGACCUUCAAGUCUAUCGGUGGUCUUCAAGAAACUCGCAAAGUGCUGCUUGAAACUCUUCAGUACCCGACAAAAUAUGCCCCUAUCUUCUCUCAAUGCCCACUGCGCCUCCGUUCUGGUCUCUUGCUCUAUGGUUUUCCAGGAUGUGGUAAGACGCUCCUUGCUAGUGCUGUUGCUGGCGAAUGUGGUUUGAACUUCAUCAGCGUUAAGGGACCCGAGAUUCUCAACAAAUACAUUGGUGCUUCUGAGAAGAGUGUCAGAGAUUUGUUUGACCGCGCCCAAGCUGCCCGCCCCUGCGUACUCUUCUUUGAUGAGUUUGACUCCAUUGCACCCAAGAGAGGCCACGAUUCCACUGGUGUUACUGACCGCGUGGUUAACCAGCUGCUGACGCAGAUGGAUGGUGCUGAAGGUCUUUCCGGCGUAUACGUUCUAGCUGCCACGUCUCGUCCCGAUUUGAUCGAUCCAGCUCUUCUUCGUCCCGGUCGUCUAGACAAGUCGCUACUCUGCGACAUGCCUUCUACUGAGGACCGAGCUGACAUCCUAAGAGCUCUGUUCCAGAAAGUUCGUUUGUCUCCAGAGUUGGCAGAAGGUGAUGGCCUACAGGCUGUUGCUCAACAAACAGAAGGCUUCUCUGGUGCCGAUCUGCAGGGUUUGGUUUCCAACUCGCAGCUCGAGGCCAUUCACGAUGUUUUGGGUGUCAGUGGCGGCACUACAUCUCAAACUAAGUCAGCCCGUAACACUGGAAGGGGCUCAGCAACGAGCUUCGUUCAAUUCCCAUACGGAGAUGAGAGCCAGCAGGCAACCCCUGCGGUUCCAAAGAGCAAGUCUGCAGCGCUGGUGGAGCAAAAUGCCAUUAUGUCCAAGCUCAAUCAGAUCAAGGCUGCCCGCCGUAACGAGAAGCAGGCGCAUAAGGCACCAGGCUCAUCUGAUUCUAACAGCAAACCAGUUGCUGAGGAGCGUGAGGUCGUUAUUGAAUGGAAACACGUCAUGAAGGCCCUGGAGAACACAAGAGCCAGUAUCAGCAAGGAUGAAAAGACACGAUUGCAGCGUAUAUAUCACGAGUUUGUAGCAGGACGAAAUGGGCAGAUGAAGGACGGCCAGCCGAGCAUGGAAAUUGGCGGCCGAAGCAGUUUGAUGUAAGACUAUAUUAACAUGAAGGCUUUUUUAUGUACAAACUUGAAAAGACAAAUAUAAAGUAUAAUCAAUCCUCCCAGCCACCAAUGAGAAAAGCAGUGAUAUAUAUGUGCACCUAGGAAGUAUGCCUCUUGUUUAAUGUAGCUUUAGGUAGAUUCAUCAACCUUGGCUUUAGUAGUAUCAUCGGUAUCGGUAGUCUCUGUGGCCUCUACAACUUCUGCAACUACGCCAGCAUCAUCAGCACUGGCAGUCUGGGCGGCAUCAACACGCUCUCCAGCUUUUGCAGGAUUGCUAGUAUUGGUAGCGUCGUGAGUCGACUUUACCAGAGGCGUAUCCUGCUCAGGCGCUUCUGGAGCUUUAUUCUUAGCUUCAUGCUGAUCACCUGUUAUCUUGACCUCUGGUUGGACAAUCUUUUCCGCAACUGCUGGCUCAUCUGUCUUCAUGGUUUAAUGAGUCUUUGGCAAAGGAUCACUUUCAGCAGCAGGAUCGUCGGACUUGGCAUGAAUAGGAAUCUUAACCUUAGCAAUAGUAGGAGCGUUUGUUGCUUCAGCUUCUGAAAUCAGUGCGGUGACAUCGUCUUGGUUAUCCACCUGGGGCUCCUUCUGUUCAGGAGCUUUGUCAGGUGUUGAUACAUCUGCACUGCUGGACGCAUCUCCAAGCUCCACUUUCUUAAUAGGAACUUGUGAAGCAACCGGUCCGUCAGCGGUAGAUGGCUCAUCAGAUUCCGUCCGCUUGACAGCCUCGUCGUGAGAAUCAGCUUCACCGACAUUACCCUGAGAUUUCAUAACCUCACUGGCCGUGGCAUUAUCAUCUUUAGAUUCACCCGUUACCCUUUUGUUAUCUCCAGUUUUAUCUUCUGUUGCCUUGGUGCUCGCUCCGUCGUUAUUUGUUGCUUUGUCUGUUAUGACACUAUCGCCAGUAGUCGUGGGCAUUGUCUUGUCGGAAGUUUCAUGGGAACCAGUAGCCCCAUCUCUUAAUUCAAUAGUUGGCUCGCCAUAUAUCGAGGGCGACGGUCUCACAGUCUCAGUACUGGCUCGUGAUAUCGACUCGUCUUCAUCUUCCUCUUCAUCUGACUCGUCAUCGUACACAUCUCCGUCUCCGGCUGCGCCAAAGAGAGUAGGCUCAAGCGCCGCUCUCUGCUCCGGGGUGAAACGCGAGGCACCCAUUGGGAGACCAGGUAUUGAAUGUUCAGUUUCCUUGGCUAAUCUCACAAUUCUCUCCAUUGGAGUCUCAGCAGGAGGCUUGGGUUUUUCUUUUUUGCCAUAAUUGUUGACCAAAGGAUUGCGGUCCAUCGGGUCGUUAUAGGGCACAUAGUAGGACUCUCCACGGUGCGGACGGGUAGCCUCUGCUAUUGUCCUCUUAACGGCAUGGAAUACCCUAUCAAAGACUUCCGCUCGGGCAGCAACCAUGCCUCGGUUCUUUGCUAAAUACCUGCCGCAGGAAAAGUCGAGUCGUUUGCCAUCCAAGUCGGUCACAAUGCCGCCUAGUUCCGUAAAUAUUAGGUGGGAGCCGGCAUGGUCCCAUAUAUAUGGUUUAUAGCCUUGUUGCAGAGGUACUCUGAGGAAGAAGUCACCUCCACCAAUGACAAGAGCGAUAUACCGCACAUGCGAGGACCAGAUAUUAAUGUUGGGGUACUGAAUGCUGAGCCUGUCUGCCGUCUCUUCCGUCACAUCAAGCUGCAGAAUAUGAGAGUAUGUGCUUGCAACAAUAACGGGAUGCUUGGGAUCAGCAGAUGCAGCAACAGGGUUGAGCUUUUUUCUUGUAGGCAGAAUGGCAGACAAUGUGUCAAGAGUCCUCAUGCCAGCACCAAACCCUUUCUCUGCGGAAAACAAGAGACCCAUUCCGUGUACAUCAACGUUUGUCUCGGAGAUGCGGCCGUUGACGAUCUUGAGGUUUGGGCAAGCCACCGCAGAGACCACCUCAACUCCAUCUACGACAAGACAGACAGCUAUAGCCCACUGUUCGCCAACGAGGUAUGAGAAUGUGCCAUCGAUGGGGUCGACGACCCAGAACCGGCCAGUGCGCUCGGUGCCGCCCUUGCCACGGUCAAGUAGUUCAUGCAGUUCCUCGGGGGACUUUGGUGCAUCCAUGAACUUGCCCGGCACCAUGCCCUCCAUCUUGAUGCUCGAGGUGCGUUUAUAGACAAACUUGUUGAUGGCGGGGUUGGUGCGAAGGAGCGAGGAGUCUUCCUGGCAAACGAAACGGUCGUUCGGGAACAUUUCUUUGAUAGCAGCGACUAUCAGCGCCUGUGAGACGAAGCUGCUUGUGGCGACUGGGUUUCCAUUUCGGUUUGGUAUGUCUUGGGCGUUGCGGCCUUGGUCGUGCUUGACAAGCUGUACCGCCCUCACGACGGCGAGCUCAGCGACCGAUCGCUCUACGGCGAACGGGCCGUUGGGCAUUGUUUCGCGAAGGUAGCUAUGACUGAGUGGUGGCAGACGAUGCGCAUUGAAAGCUGUAGGAUGAGAAGCGUGCGUUUCCUGCGCAGGCAAAAUAGGGUUUGCGUUGGGAGCGUGGCGUGGGCGGCAGUCGGCAGUUUGCAGUUGGCUCGCAC